AUGGUGGGCUUUGUGGUUGCUCUGAUUAUUCUUACAGUUAGUGUUCUUGCAGUUUUGAAAUGUUGGUGCAGAAAGCCUGCUGACUUGUCGGAUGAGAUCAUUUUAAUAACAGGCGCCAGUAGAGGAAUCGGCCGACUGCUUACUUUAUCAUUGUCAAAAUACUGUCGUUCCAUUAUUGUUGUGGAUGUAGAUGCAAAGGGCUUGGAGGAAACCUUAAAUGCUAUCACUGCGAUUUGGCGUACCGUCGUUUUGAGAAAUGAUAAUUUUUGUAGAAACUUGGACGAAAUAAAGAAAUUUGCGAAGGAUGUUCGGAGGAAUUACGGGCGAGUGACAAUGCUGAUUAACAACGCGGGCAUUGUCAACGGAAACUUCAUAAUCGAUAUUCAGAAUUCCAGCGUCGAGAGAUUGAUUCGUGUGAAUCUUCUUGCCCCACUUUACUUGGUGAAGGAGUUUUUGCCAGGCAUGCUGGGUAACGGCCACUUUGUCUUUCUUUCCUCAGUAGCCAGUCAAUCCGUAGUAGCGUCUCUUGCUGAUUACUGUGCAUCGAAGGCAGGACUAUCAGCUGUUGCGGACACGUUGCGCGUCGAACUGGAUAUAAUGGGGGCGUUAAAGUACAUUUCCGUGACUGAUAUCCGUCCUUUCGUCAUAAAUACAGGCCUUUUUGAAGGUUUCAAGUGCAGGUUGUCCUGGCUGUUCCCUAUUCUGCGUCCAGAAGACACCGUCCAACGUAUUGUUGAGGCCAUUCGUCACCGGGAAGGGGUUGUGUACAUCCCUUGGUGGAUGUGGUUUAUACCGCUCAUUCAUCGGUGA